GGCCUGUUCGUCGGCGACCGACACGCGCUUCUCUGUCUCUUCAGCCACUCUGUAAGGAGAGCACCAAGGCCCAUACGCCACUAAGCCUCUGCUCUCCUAUUCACCUGGACAACUUGGCACUGGUCUCCCCUCCCACAGACAGGAUCUUCCCCUUCGUUUGCCUUGCGACGACGACGACGACUAGAACAUUACCUGAAGAUCUACAAGAACGCUCCUGCUACUACUGCCCCCAUCCUCAAAUCGACCCGCGCCCGUUACGCGCUAGCGCCUCCCCGAGCCGCCAUCUUUGUUUCGCUCCUUUCAGAACGUGUCCUCCGCUCCUUCUUCUUACUAACGAGAAAGGAUCGCAGAACGUAGCAUCAUUCAUUCGUCGGUUGUUCUUAUCAACUCUACUACAAACAUGUUUGGCUUCGACGCGACGCCCCGGAGCGUGGACUGGUCCUACUAUGGCGGCGCGGAGGAGCUCCCUCCAUCGAUGCGGAAACGAACUAUAGAAAAGCCUCGGCUGGCAUCGAGCGUCUCGUCGGCAUCGUCAAGCAGCGCCAGCACCAGCUCCAGAGAAGGGGAACGAUCAAGAGCCUCGUCGCCCCUGACGUCGGAUGACGAGGUGGCCGAUCUCCUGGCUGGGGAUGGCGGGCAGGCCAAAGAGGCACUCGAGUCCAUGGCCGGCACGCAAUGGCUGCCAAACAUCGCAAAGGAGCCCCAGGAUGCCACCGACUUUCUCUGGCUGCUGACCGAAGAACCUCAUCGAACGCGACGCAUGGCUAUCUUGAAGGCACAUCCCGAAGUGCGGACGCUGAUGGGCCAUGAACCUUGGACGAAGUGGAUCUCGCUGGGUGUGGUCGUAUUGCAGCUGUCUCUGGCUGUCGCUUUGGCCAAAUUCGAGGUGCAUCCGCUCAAUUGGAAGUUCCUUGUCCUCGCCUACGUCGUUGGAGGCACAGCAAACCAGAACACGUUUCUGGCCAUCCACGAAAUCACCCACAAUCUCGCAUUCAAGAGCAUCAUGGCAAACAAGCUCUGGGCCAUCUUUGUCAACGCGCCCAUCGGGAUACCCUAUGCGAUGAUGUUCAAGAAAUACCACAUCGAACACCACAAGCAUCUCGGCGAGGAUGGCAUCGACACGGAUCUGCCGACAAAGGUGGAGCUCAUGUGCUUGAAAAAUGUCCUGGGAAAGGCCUUUUUUGCCACCUUUCAGAUCUUUUUCUAUGCCCUCCGACCAGGCUUCGUCAAGACACAGCGACUGACCACUUACCACUUCAUCAACAUCGGCUUCCAGCUCCUCGUCGACUAUCUUCUCAUUACUUCGUGCGGCUGGACCGCAUGGCUGUACCUCAUCGAAUCGAGCUUCCUUGCCGGAUCGCUACACCCCUGUGCGGCCCACUUCAUUGCCGAGCACUACAUGUUUGGUGGCAUCCACCAGGAGACAUGGUCCUACUAUGGACCACUCAACGUCCUAGCCUACAACGUCGGCUACCACAACGAACACCACGACUUCCCCUCGGUCCCCUGGACAAGGCUGCCUGCGCUCCGCAAGAUGGCGCCCGAGUUCUAUGAUGUCCUGCCUCAUCAUACCAGCUGGCCCCUCGUUACGCUGCAGUUCAUUCUGGGCGAAGACUCGGGCUUGUUCGCGAGGAUCAAGCGCGUCGCAAAGAGGCCAAGUGCCUCGCCUUCACCCAAGUCUGCAUCUGCGCCGUCAGUCGCAAGCACGGUCAGCAGCUCGGCUCCAUUCGUUGACAGAGGAAGCGACAGCGCUUUACAGUAGAAGAUGACCUACAACUUUCUAGAAUCAAUCUCUUCAUGUUGCACUUUGCGUCCUGUUCCUGAUUGUGUUGCCUUCUUUGCUCCUCUUUCCAUGCAUUACUCUUUUGAGGUAGCAGUGUUUCUCUACAGUACAUGACCUUCUCUUAUCUCGCAAGGCGUCCGGGUGAGGAGUAACAGAAGCUAAAGGAAAGUCGAGAACCGAUAAUACAUUAUUGAUGGUGACAAAGACCGGACCGUUGAGAUAAUGAGGAUGCCCCUUCCUGACUUGUGUGGUCCAAGGGAUCACCCUUUCCUUCUUUUCGUUUUCUUGCUCUCUUUC